CGCGACGUGUGAGCAACGCAACCAGUCGCAUUCGCAGCGUCCGCGCGAACACUCCGCACGGCCUUGGGAGCAAUAAACACGCGAAUAUUAUCGUAAAAAUAUAAACUAUAUCAAUAUAAAGUGCCCAGUUCUCAAUUAUAUCGCCUGAUAUUUUGUGUUGAAUAAAAAGAACCUAAAUCAUGUCAGCCGAUCAAGUGUUCCACUCAAGAUCUGAAGGUAUACCUUCCGAGGGAGUAAAGGAUCAGUAUGCAGAUGGAAAGGCAGCCAGGACAUGGAACAAAUUCAUUGGAGACAGCAACGAGAGGACACAGAAUUACAAGGACUUCUUGAUUGGACUGCUCAAGAAAAAUGGUUGCAAGAAAGUCUUGGACACAGCUUGCGGUACCGGGAUAGAUUCCAUGAUGCUGGUGAACGAAGGCUUCAAGGUGGUGUCAGUGGACGCGUCAGACAAGAUGUUGAAGCACGCCCUCAAGGCGCGGUGGGAGAGGAGAAAAGACUCGAAAUACGAUGAGUGGGUCAUCGAAGAAGCGAACUGGGAGACCUUACCCCGGGACAUUGAAGCUUUCCUGCCCAACACACAGUUUGACGCCGUCAUCUGCCUUGGAAACUCCUUCGCCCAUCUUUUAGAUGAGUACGGAGACCAAAGGAUGCAGAAAAUGUGCCUAAGGAACUUCGCCAAAUGCCUGAAACCUGGCGGUCUGUUAUUCAUUGACCACAGAAACUAUGACGCCAUUAUCGACAGUGGCGCCACCCCGGGACACUCUAUUUAUUAUAAUUGCAAAUACCCAGUGGACAUUAAGACAUCGGUGUUGGUGGUGGGCGGCAAAGCUCAACUGGUGGCGUUAGACUACUGCAUCAACGACGACGCCAACAGCGAGAAGAGCGAAUUCCGUCUGUGCUACUUCCCUCACAAACUGGACAAGUUCACCGCAAUGCUGGACGAGGCAUUCGACAACCGCGCCAAACACGAGAUCUACGCCGACUUCAAGCCACUGAGCGCAGUUCCAGUACCCAGCUUCUAUAUACACGUGCUAGAAAAGGCUAGAGAUUGAUAAGUAAAAUCUAAAAUAGUAAUAAAUUAUUUUGUUAUCAUUUUUUACCAAUUUUUUUAUUUCUAAUCUUAAAAAUAGAAAUCAAAAUGAAGGCCUAGCCUUAUCUAGGAUUUUAUUAAUCUGUACCAAUUAUUCAAAGAAUGCUUAAAAAGCAAAAUAAUUUAUUUAUUGUAAAGUUGAUCGAAAUGGGGUAGAUGACUAAUUUUUAUUUUAAUGUCCGUCUUGUAGAUUAUUUAAAAAUAUUAGACACGUAUUUUUUAUUUUCUUACGGAAACAAAUACUUUCGAAGAUAUAUCCAUUUUAAAUAUCGCGUGACGUCACUUUAGAGUACGUUUUAUACUCUAUAGUGACGUAGUUAGCUCCCACUCCUAAACUUUGAUUCGUUUUAUCUAAGUAUUGUUAUCUUAUAUGACAAAAUAAAAAAAUACGUGUCUAAUAUUUUUUUAUUACCUAACUGACGGACUAAUUAGAUUUUUAAUUUUCAUACCCUGUCAUCAUCCCUAUUGAUAUUGUUUUGAGAGUACAAAAACAAAUUGUUAUAGUAGUUUUAACUUUUAGAUGUAAUCUAAAAUGUUAAGUGACACUAUGUUAUAUAAAAAGACAGACACAUGUGAUGAAAUAAAAAUUGUUAUUUUGUUUAA